CAAGACUCCUUCCCGACACCCCUUCAUCGAAAAUGAGGAUGCUGGUUUUGAGAAUGUACUGUUACACGAAUCUAUCGACCAUGUCGCGUUUUUGACGUCGGAGCCCGGGCGCUGCCAUGGAUCUCUCCCUCAUGUUUUAGCUAUCCUCUGCUCCAUCUCCUUGCGGACUUUGUUUGCCGGCACCGGCUGGCGAAGUGACACAGCCCAGAUGACAGGCUUCAAGACAAAAUUUAGGGAGUUUCUAGAGCGCAAUGAAACGCGGUCGAGGAAGUGUCUGUGGCAUGCCGCAUGUAUUUACAAGUCGGUUCAGACCUCCCGGCAUCUUGCGAGCUACGACGUGUUCAGUGUUGGGGUUGCGGUUUGCUACAUCUUACUCUACAUAGAACUACGAAAAGUGGAGUCUAAGCCUUCUCAGAUAUCAGCAGACACGAACCUUGGGCCGUCAUACACGGCGCGGCGGCGUAUUGUGCGGCUGGAUCAGCUCACUAGCCGAGAGGACGUUGAAAAUUGGGCAAAGACUGGAGGAGACACUGAUAUUCACCUGACGAAUGUGGGUAUCUUGCACGGGCCGGAUUCUCUUGUGCGCCUCUUGCGAGUCACUGAGAAGGCCAUGUUGCGCCAAGUCGCCUGGAGUGCCUUUUUCAGGGCCUGGGCCCGGACUAUGGAUCAACUUGUCCAUGGGAAGAAUCCCACAGUACAUACCGAAGAUUAUAACGAAGUAGAGGAAAGGAGGUCUUGAACGAUGAGAUGGAAUCGCCCGCCGCCACUAGAACUAUGACAUGAGGCAUCAACGGGAAACGUGAUGAGCGAGCUAGACCUCUGAUCUAAUCUGUCGCCCCAUAAUAGAGUCAAGGAUCACUACUGUAGUUGGUACUGAAUGCGAGAAAAGGUCUCUCUGUA